GCUCUCUCUCGCUGUCUCUCUCCCUCUCUCUUCCUCUCUCUUCCUCUUUCUCUGUAGUCUCUCCGUCUCUCUCCCUCUCUCUCUGAAAUGCCUUCAGCGUGACAACAAACUGGUUUAUCAGGUGACUAAAGGUAAAGGUGAAGUAACAGUAACUUUUAUCGAGUCAGGCAGAGAGGAGGAGGAGGAUGAAGAUGAGGAGUCCAAAGUUUCACCGAGGAAGAGUUUGACGACAGAGAACGGCAGCCGGGUGAGUCCAAAAAACCGAUCGACCGACCGACAGGCCUGUGUGUGGAUGAAGAGACUAACAUGGAGAGACUAACAUGUGAAGAAGGAGAAGAACAUGUAACCAGGAGGGACGAGUGACGAGAACAUGUGAACGAGUCUGACCGUCUCCAGAGUUUCAGUUUCUGACGGUGGACUGAGGUGUGUGUGUGUGUGUGUGUGUGUGUGUGAGUGUGUGUGUGUUUAGCAGCUGUUUGAUUUCACACACUCAGCUCAUUAUUUGACUCUGUUGUUCAUGUUUGCUGUCCGUCAUUGUGUGUUUGAAACUUUAUUUUGAAGUUUUAUUUCCUGUUAAACCGAAGCCGUGUUCACGUGAAGUUAGAAAAGUCUGUAGAGUUUUUAGAGAGAGAGAGAGAGGGAGCCACACCCAUCAGUGUUCCCUGAGGUUAGACUGACUUCAUUCUGUUACACACAAAGAAUUUAACCCUUCAGCUGCAGAGGAACCUGACUGUAAACCUGCACAUGUGUGUGAAAAUGUUUGUGCUUCUUCUAUUUGAUACCAGAGACACCUUUGUGAAAAGUUGAGACCAGGUCAUGUUUACCAUCCUGCUCGGUCAGAUCUUCUUUCAACAACCCUCUGUAGACCUUAAUGAACCUACCAGACCAGGUUCUGGAGUCCCAUUCUGGCCUGAUAGAGGAUCUGAGCUGCUCAUCAGUUCAGGGUCUCCUUGGUCCUGUUUUUGGGGCCAUGAUGGUCCAAAUGUUUCCAAGUCAGGACUUCAUCAGUCCAGGACUCUUCUCCUACAGAGCCAUGCUGUCGACAGAAUGUGGUUUGGGAUCAUCUGAAGGUCUUCCCUGAAAAAGUCUUUAUCUGGAUGGACAAAGAUGUUGCUCCUAAACCUGGAGAUCUUGUUCAGCAUUAAAGGGAUAUUCCAGCGUAAAAUUAAUUUAGGGUCAAACCCACCGUAACACCGAGUUAGACCCCCCCUCCAGAGAUGAAUGUUGUCGACCGCUUGCUUCUCUAGUUAUACCAACUUUAGUAACGACCACAGGAUAGUAAUACAGAGAGCCACGCACUCAACCAAAACGCCACUCUAUAGCCACAAAUAAUGCUCAGAACAGCACCUAACUUCAUCAACAGUACAUAUAGGGUCACAGACAUAGUACUAGACACCAAACAUCUUUUUAACUUUGACUCAUUUCUUUAGCAAAGAGACUAAACACAACUCACCUACUCUCUUCCAGCAGACGCUUGUUUGUAGUGAGACCUCAGGCCAGUCCAUUACGGACUACAGCGGGGUGCCGCAGCUCAAGGAAGAACAUUUAUGAGAUGCGGUAGUUCUUCUGCCUUAGUGUCUCGGUCUGAUUGUAUUUCCAUGAAGAAAUGAUCAUAAAUGCAGCAUCUACGAUUUCCAAUUCUUCGUUGAAAGGACAACUGGACUUACUUGGGACGUUUCGCUUGUGCGGUGAAUCCCACUCCAGAGUCCUGUCUGUUUUUAAUGCCCUGAAGAUCAGGACCAUCCAGUCCCGGUUUUGGGCCUUUAGUGCUGUUGAGCUGUUCGCUCACGCAGUCUCUCACAGAGUCCUGAACCUCUUCCUCUGAAUGUCCGUCUUGGACCUGGUCAUGUGUCUAACCUGUUUUUUAGUAUUACACAACUUUUUACCUGUUUGGUUUUUCCUCUGAGAACUUCUUUCAAAUGUGGCAUCCUGACUCAUCUGGAAUGUGGUUUUACUUAACCAUGUACAGGAUAAUACAUAGUUACCUGGUGCAGUAUGAUAGUGGAACCUUUGAUUACCCGCCUACCAACAUAAUCUAUAGACGAGUCGGCUCAAAGUAUUGAUUAGAGAUGAUUGUCUUGAUGAACAGUUUGGAGGAACAGUCUCUUGAUUUCCACAGAAGGAAGAUCUUCCACAGUGAGGGGUCAGUCUGAUCUACCUGAUUCAACAUUUAAGCGCACGUGUUCACUCGCAGUGAAGUCCUCACAUUCCUCCGCUCUUCGAACAGAUGUAGAAAAUAAAGCGGCUCCUGUAUGAGGCCCUCUUCCACAUAACUUUCUGUUUGCAUUUCCUUCUCACCCAACCAGUCCUGUAACUCUGCCAGAGCCCACACUCUCUGAUGGUUCAUGCUGACUUGUUUUCUUUAUUUGGUCGAUGUUUUAUCACAGCUGGGUGAUCAGGAGGAACUCUGGGUUUCAACUGUAUUUUAUAACGCAGCAUGUUCUGUAUGUUAACGGUAUUUCUUUUGGCCCCGCCCCCUGCAGGAUGGCCCGGCGCUCGCAGUGUUCCUCUGCGGGUGACAACCCCCUGGACCCGAACUACCUCCCCCCGCACUACCGGGAGGAGUACCGUUUGGCGGUGGAUGCACUGGUGGAGGAGGACUUGGAUGGGUACUAUCAGUUCCUCCUGAAGGCAGACGUGGUGGACUUCCUGUCCACGACAGAGAUCGAGUACAUUCAGGGAUCGGUUCGAGUCCCUCAACACGGCGAGCAUUCCGAACACCGUUCCCUGCAGGGUGGGGACGAUGGCUCGUCGGACACUUACUGGCCCCUCCAGUCAGACCUGGAUGCCCCAGGUCUGGACCUGGGCUGGCCUCAGAUCCAUCACUUCAUUGGACCCACUGAGGUCACGACCCUGGUCAACCCGCCUGAACCGGACAUGCCGAGCAUCAAGGAGCAGGCGAGGCGGCUCAUCAAGAACGCCCAGCAGGUAACCUCACCUGUCGUAGACCUCGUCACCGAUAACAGUGAACGUAGAAUCGGUGUCGUUGAUGUUUUUGUUUCCUGUUGAUGUUGUUGUUGUUCUGAAGAGUUGGUUGUUUGUAGUUUUUAUUGUUUCUUUUGUUGAUGUUGAUUUUCUAAAAAUGCUGUCAUUGUUUUUGUUUCAGUAACUUUUGUUUUCGUGCUUCUAUCAAGCUUCGUUAAUGUUGUUGAUUUUGUUGUUGUUUCAGUGGAUGUUUAAUGUUGUUGAUGCUUUGUCGUCUGUUUGUUGUUAUUUUUGUUGUUUACAUUGUUUUUGAUGUCUUUGUUUUUGUUGUUGGCCUUGUUGUCAACAGUUUAAGUCGUGGUUUUUGUCGUUGUUGUGAUAUUUUGUUGUUCCCAUUGUUGGUGUUUGUUGAUGAUUGUUGUUUUUGUUGUCAGUCAUUUUUAUGAUCUUUUUGUAUUUAGUUUGUUGUUGUAUUUAUAUGUUGUCUUUGUUGUUUUUGUUGGUUUUGAUCAGCAGUUGGCUGAUAUCAGAUCGUUGAUUAGAGAGCAGGUUGGCCAGUGAACAGUGUAAAAUGCUGGAAUCACAUCGUUGUUGAAUUUUGGACAAAAUACAACAAAAAUAUUAGUGUUUGAAAAACAGAAUUUCUGAAUUUGAGCAAAAAUUUAAUUGACAGAAAAAUACUGAGCUCAUAAAAAAACUUUUGGAUUUUUCUUCAGUUAUCCGUUAUGAUGCUGAUGACGUAAAAAAAUUAAUUGAUCCAUCUUUACUUUAGUCAGUGUUGUUGCUGGUUUUGUUAAUCUGGUGGUUUUUGUUGUUGGUUUUGUUGAGGUUUUCGUAUCAGAAACUCGUCAGUAAAAACAGGUCUUUGUUUAAAUAAAAGUUGAAUGAUGGAAUGAUUGCUCUUUUUUUCUGACAUUGUCUCCAUGUUUUUUUUGGCGUUCCCCUCAGGUGGUUGCCAUAGCGAUGGACAUGUUUACUGACGUUGACAUCUUUGCUGAUAUUCUCGCUGCUGCCAUGAGGAACGUGGCUGUUUACAUUCUUUUAGACAAAGAAAACGUCCAUCACUUCAUCAACAUGGUGUCCAACUGCAGAGUCGACCUGCAGAGCGUCCAGGUGAGUUCACGACCAAUCCUCCUCUCAAUUUUAUUUAUAUUUUAAUUACUGACAUUACAAUGACUUUAUUAUUUAAAGCACAAACAGAUAAUUAUAUAAACACUGAUAUGAAUAUGAAUUAUAGUGGUUCAGUGCUGCCAUCUAGUGUACGGUGGGAAGAAUACACUGUUACUCAGGUGAAUCUGUGUGCUCGAGUCAUGAUAAUAAUCCAAAGUGUGUUUUCAGUUCCUGCGCGUGAGGACGGUCUCUGGCAUCACGUAUCACUGCCGCUCAGGGAAAUCCUUCAAAGGUCAGAUGAUGGAUCGCUUCCUGUUGACGGACUGUAGAGCAGUGCUGAGUGGAAACUACAGGUGAGUCACCUUAAAGGGAUGAGUAUGUAUAAGUUACAUUACUAAUUACAUUAGUAAGUGUGUUCGCCACAAUAGAUAACAGCUCUGCCUCUAAAAUAAGAACCUGAUAGGAGAGCCGACACGCAAACUAGGCCCAAGUUUUCUUCAGACUUACCCCCAAUUUCCACCUUCAUCCUGAACGUCUCCUAAAAGUUCGUAUCCUCCGAUCGUAGCUGAUCGUAACCAUUCAAGUUAACGUGUCAAUUUACACCGACUUCUUUCCGUUCCUCUGCGGAUCGCUGAUCGUGAAUCCGAGGGUUCUUGUGAUUUCUUGCAAUUCCUGCGCUCCGUAAUCCGCCUCACCAACGGAUCUGGUAGGAAUUUGCGGACGGGGAAAAACGGUAUUUGGCAUACCCCUGUUGCUGUCAGAAUCACCAACUCUUUAGUUCGGUUGUAUUUUUAUCAAACCUGAGCGUCUGAUCAGGUUUAAGCUCUCAGCUCAUGCCCCCUUUAUGUGUUAGCCCUUUUUAUAACUCUGUUGUCUUUUCACAGCUUCAUGUGGUCCUUUGAGAAACUCCACCGCUGUAUGGCUCACCUGUUCCUGGGACAGCUGGUGUCGACGUUCGAUGAAGAGUUUCGUAUUCUGUUCGCUCAGUCUGAGCCGCUGAUUCUUGAAAACACGCUCCCUCCCCAAGUGGAAGACUUUAACCUUCUACCGAAGAGGAAAUACUCGCUUGAAAGGCCCCUGAUGUACCGAGAAUCUCGGAAGUUCCUUUCCCUAGACACCCCUCAUCCAGAGGAAUGGGCGCGACAUCCUCACGGUGAUCGUACGGAUCUGGAUUGGCGAAUGAAGAGACAGGAAGCCCCGUAUGGCCCGGAUGUGUACAGCAGACUUCCGUCCCAGCAAUCACGCAUAGACCCGUCUUUGGAACAGUGUCCCCCCAGGAUGCCGAUGAUGGAUCCUGCCUUCAAACGACACAGCUAUGCCGAAGGCGGUCAUGGCAGGUACUCAUAUCCGUUCUUACAGCCACAGGGAGUACCAGAACCUGAGGGUCAGGGGCGCCAGUUUCACAGGGGACAACAGCCAUAUCCAGAACCGGGAAGAGACCCUGAAUAUGGCCAUGAAAGAUUCUGGGGUCAGGACUUUCCUCCAUCGGAUCAGUUCUCCGAUCCUGGUUUACCACCAGAGCCUGGACCUUAUGAUAGCUUUGACCCCGUCCUGAAUUAUUUAUCCUCUGCUAGAAACGCAAACUUUGAGGGCUCAGAGAAAGCGCCCCCUGCUGCAGAUCUACUGUUCAGUUCAUCACAACCCAGAAGACUGAGUGCAGGUCAUCCGUACGUCUGCCAAACAUCCCCCACCCCCUCAAAUCCAAGUGAGCAGAAACACUUUUUCCUGGAGCCAAACCCAGACCGCAAGGAUCCCACGGUGAAACGAGGACUGAGAAACUGGAGGAUCAGCUCGUUCCUCAGUGCCCAUGACACUCCAGAAGAUGACGGGCGGCCUUCAACACCGCCAAAUCUGGCAGAUCCUUUCGAGGAUCCCGGUUACCAGCCAGCAGCAGGUCCAGAUUUAUCGGCUCCUAAAAUUCCUAACGUCAGGGAGUUCAAGAUUCCGGCUCUACCGAGGGCGAGUCAGAUGCCGGGUUACAUCAAAACUUCAGUGAGAGAGCAACCGAAGAAACCUACUGAAGAACCUCCACCAGAACCACCCAAACUAACUCCGACACCUUCAGAAUCAUCGUCAACAACUGAAGGGGAAAAGAUGGAGGAGGCGGAACCAAGGGAACCCAGACCUCUUCAGAGGGAGGAGUCAUUCCGCAGGAAGUACAACGCAGCGGUCCAAAGAACCUCCAGGUUAAGGUCAUCUCUGAUCUUCAGCUCUUUGGAUCAGCAGAACUCGGCUCAAGAAGCCAAAACUGGUCCAGAUGAGGAAGGAGACAAGACUGAGUCCGAACAAAAGAAACUGUCGUACGUGUCUCCGGUUUUUGGUCAAAGGAGGUCCGCUACCAGAGAACCGUUUGAGUGGAGCCGUUACAUGAAGUCCUCCACGUUUGAUAAUACUGUCACAGACUCGGCUAAAGUAGAUGAGAAAGACUCAGAGAAGGACCAACGGUCAGAAAAUACUGACGUUAAGGAGUCAACAAGACUUCCACCCACAGAGGAGGUGGACCCUCCAACAGCAAAGCCCGAGUCUAAGGGUCCAGAGCCUAAAACCGAUCAAUUAGUGCCACCAGUACAACCAGCCAAACCUCCGCCCUCUGGUCCAGCCUUCGUAGAUAUGAGUGAUCCUGACGCAAGGCUCAAUUUUUUCAAAGAGUUAGCAGCAAAACGUCGAGCUGAGAAGGCAGCAGAAGCUCAGAAGAAGAAGGACCAGGCUCCUGCAGAACCACCACCUGAACCACCGACUGUGAAGACCGAGGAAGAGAGACCAAAAGGAACCUCAGAGACCAAGACUGAUCUUCCAACAUCCCAACCUUCAUCUGAGAAACAUGCAGCUGCAGAAGGUUCUGAGAAAACAGAGUCUACAUCCAGGCAACAUCUAGAUCCCAAAGAUCAGGGCAGACCUCCAACGCUUGAUCUCAAAACCCCCCAAGACUCCAAAGUCCUUCAAACCGGAGCUUCAGCAGACUCAGAGAGCAAAGAGACGAAGAUAAGCCAAUCAGGAGAAGCUCUGCAGGGUGAGGAACCAAAGGAACCAGAGCCAUCCAAUUCUGUUGAGGCUCAGAGGAGCCCGGGCCAUCCACCAACACCGACCGAUCCGGUCCCCUUUAGAGCUCCUGUAGCACAGAGCACUAAAAAACCCAGGAGCCCAGAUCUGGAUUCUGCCCCUCAGGAUCCGAGUUCUCCAACUCUGUCAGUGGAGACCUCAUCAUCUUCUGAGCCACACGGUGGAUCUUCUGGUCUUACUCUGAAGGAGUCAGGUUUAUCCAGCAGUCCCAGUCCUGCAGCACCUGAACCCGGUCCCCUUUCUACUCCAGCUCAGACUAAAUCUUCUGAUGUUCCCUCUGAAGACCCAAAUUCAACCCUGAUCUCCAAAAAGAGUGAAAUCAUCAGACCCUCAGACCCGGUCCCAAUCAGCAAACCACAGCUGGAGUCCACCAAAGCCCGUCCAGAUCCUGAUCCCCAACUGAUAUCAGCAAACAUUGACUCAGCAGUUCCCUCUGCUUCUGACCAGUCCGGUGUUUGUCCCGGAUCAGAAACAACCUCGCUGCAGUCCUCUGUGAAGACCAGCUCUGAGGAACCUUCAGAGAGACCGGGAUCAGAAAAGUUAUCGGUUUCAGGUUCAGUUCCAGAGUCUGUUCCAGAGUCUUUGUUGAGCCGGCCCCCUGAGUCCUGUUUACCUCAUGAACCCGACCCAAAGAGUGAAACCAGGUCAGACCAUGACCAGACAAGAACUCCCUCAGCUGACCCUCUGACUGAUCCGGACUUUACAGGAACCUCCCUGUCACAAACAGACGAAUUCUCUGAUUCUUCAAAACAAGUGACCCCUCCCACUGAACUCCACCUGACACCUGUACCGCCCCCAGAAACAGGAUCAGGAUCCUCUCCUGAGUCUGGACCAGUUCUGACCCCAGAGGCGGAUGAAAUACAAACCCCUCCCCCCGACUCUCUGACAACAGAUCCAGUCCAAACCUCAACACCAGAAACUCUGAAGCAGACCGAGCCUGAAACACCCGAGUCUGUUCCUUCAGGAGCGGACUCCUCAGACUCACCUGUACCUGCUGAAAACCCUCAGAACGGAGUCAGCACCGAGUCUGAACCGUCUGAACCAGGUCAGAAGAAAACGGAAGACGACAAUGAGACCACGAGCGACAGAAAUCAAACCACCGAGAAGACCAACGAGCAACCAGAGCCGGGACCGGAGGAAGUCGGUCCCCCGACAUCGCAGUCGAAGAAAUCCUCCCAGUCCCGGUACCUCUCAUCCACCGCCAACGUGCUGUCGAGCAGCAACCUGAGAGACGACACCAAGCUGCUCCUGGAGCAAAUCUCCGCAAACAGCCAGAGCAGAAACGAGGCGCCCAAAGAGUCUCCAGUCACAGACGACGAGAAAGAAGACGAAGCUGACAAGAACGCAAAGAAGGACAAAGACAGAGGGAUCCGGUUCGGCCGAGCACCGCCCAAGACGGAAGAAGAGCGAGAUAAACUGCUGGAGAGGAUUCAGAGCAUGAGGAAGGAGAGGAGGGUCUACAGCAGGUUCGAGGUAUGAUGGCGUGAAAUCUCUGUGAACGUUUGAAAUGUGAUUCUUGUGUCUCCUCCUCUAACAAACUCCGUGUCUGUGUGAUUCCAGAUGGCUCCUUAAAGAGGACCGAAGGUUCAGAGGGAGAAGAGCGCCGAGUUUGACCAGCACGAGUUCGAAGAGUAAAACUGACGUAAAGAUCAUUUUUAUAACGUGUUUGACAUAAACCAGUUGAAACCUGAUGUCCCAGUAUCGUGGACUGGUUUCACUGUGAGAGAAAACCCCUCAGACUCCACGGUUCAGAUCAAACAGGUUUUACUGACUGCAGAGGGAUCGUGCAAUGUUUGACUCUUUACAUUUACAAUAACUGUAAGAAAACCACCGAGUGCCACACUGUAAGAUACUGUUUUAUUUUAUUAUCUCACAAAGGUUAAAGGGACAGUUCAGUCAUUUUUAAAGUGUUGUUGUUUUAGGUUCAGCUCGGCCCUUUAAAGAAAAACCGCUGAAAGAGUCGGCGACAGUUUUCUGUGACGCAAUUGAGCCGAUGUUAAGAGACUCCGACCAAAGCACUUGUCUCAUUUUAAGUGUAAGCUCUUUUAGGAGCACACUCUAAAAUGACUGAAAUCUCCCUUUAAUUCAAGAUGUUACAUAUAAAGUUGUCGUUUGUGAAUCAGUGAAAAUUUAAAUGUUGUUCAUGCAGACUGUCGUUGUUUCUGUAAAUAAAUCCACAUUAUUCUUUGUUUUUGUCAAGCAUCAAAUUAAAACACGUAAAGAAAUAAACAGACGUUUCAUCACAUCAUGAAGUUUUUCAUUGAUAUUCACAGAUGUCAAAGGUCAACCAGCCAUAAUCUUAGGAACAUUUGUUUUAUUCGAACUGUGAAACAAACAUAAAAGUUUUUUUUCAUGUUUUAUCGUCACUUUUGUUUAAAAAAAAAAAAAAAACAGAAGCUUUAAUUUUAAAAAGAUUUAAUUAGUCAUGAUUUUUUUUCUUUUUUUAACCAAAGCUCAUUAUUUUUCUUAAAAGUGUUUCAAACUUUUUUUUAAUGGAUUUAUGGAAGUCAAAAAAUGAUCUUUUCUCUCGUCUGUUUUCUGCUGUUAAAUGUAAAAUUCAGCUAAAUGUUCAUAAAAUAUCAAAA